CGGGAUCCGCGAGGAUGGCACGGGAGCUUCACGCGUGCCUCGUCCGCUACUACGCGCGUCUCGAGAGGCUGGACGACAAGUGGAGGGAGCUGUCGAAGAAGGCCGAGAUACUGCUCGAUAUUUUGUCUAAUCGAACCGAGCAGCUACGCCAGGUCAUGAAUGUUCACAGUGAAGAAAUAGACGGAGUGGAAGAUAUCAUGGAUCGGGAAACGCGGGAAAGAUUGGCAUUCAAAAUUCUCAUGGGCCUCGAGGAAGAGAUGGCGCGCCUCUAUAAUAUUUUAACGCAGCUGAACGACGCCAAUCAGGAUUUGAAGAACUAUCUGGACAAUCUGGAGAACGCGAGAAGUAAAGUGUCCUUGAAGGACGAAACAAUGAAGGAAUUAAUCAAGGGGACGCCUUACCGGCCGACGCUCGAGCUGCUUCUGCAGUGGGCCGUGGAAGGCUUCCAGUUCUUCCAUAACAUGUAUCUCCGUGUGAACGAUGGCAUGAAAUCACUCGACUACAAGGCAGAGAAGACUGUUGACAAUCUGGUCUCUUCUUUCGCAGAAGAGAAGCGCGGGAGGAAAAACAUAAAUAGGAUUCUCGCUUGUACGCAAUUUCUAGCUAAGGAGACCCUAAAUUAACGACGCGAAGAUGCACGAAUUCAAUGGAGGCAAUGGAGUUUAAACGGAUAAAAUUUAUAUGCAAACGCCUAGAUAUUUGCCGGCUGAUAAAUACAGAUUGAUAAGUUAUAACUAUUUUUAACUGCGCAAGACCCAUGUCUACAAAUAUUUUUUAUACAUAAAGAAUAAAUAGUGUAAUUCGCGAAAUAAAAUAGUGUAAAUU